AUGACUGAAGGUCUCACCCGAUACAAGACCCCGCCCCCAAGCGACGUCAUAAUCGUAUAUGACCGGCCGUCCCUCAACGACCUGACCAAAGUCUACCCAGAGACUUGUCUUUAUGAUGAGAAUGGGGGGUACUAUAUGAAAACGAUGGAUGGUCAAGUCAUCGCCAUCACCGCAGACGACUUAUGCGAGGAGUUAGACAAGACUAUAGCUGAAGCUGAUGCCUUCCGCGCUGCUCAUGAAGCUGAAUGUGAAGGAUGUGAAUAUUGCAAUGGGUCAAUGUGUAUCGAAAAGGCAUAG